AUGAUGGCUUCGGAAGGAGUCGAAAAGUCGGAUUUCGAUGAGUACCACAAAGUCCAGGGGAGAAGCUCUAGGGUCGAUUUGAUCAUUAUGCUGCUGAGGCUGCUCGCGUUCUUAUCAACUCUUUCGGCCACGCUUGUCAUGGCCCUCGACAAGCAAACGAAAGCUAUAACCGUGGCCACAAUCGGGACCGGGCCCAUAAAAGCCACUCUCACGGCCAAUUUUCGACACAAUCCUGCAUUCGUUUUUUUCGUGAUAGCUAAUGGCAACGCGAGUCUCCACAACUUGUUGAUGUUAGCGUUCGGUUUUGUGGGGCACAAGUGCCGGUUGACGGGGCUUGCUUCCUUUGCGAUUCCAGUCUUGGAUUUGAUGAAUGUGGCUAUUGUCUUCGGUGGGGCAAGCUCGGCAGCCUUCAUGGGGCAUCUGGGAAGGCACGGAAAUUCGCAUGCCAGGUGGAGCAAAAUAUGUGACAAAUUCGACAGGUUUUGCGACCAAGCUGGUUUGGCCAUGAUGGCUUCGUUCGUGGGGCUUUUGUUCAUGAUCAUCAUAUGCUCGGUUUUCAUCUUCAAGCUUCGCGCCAAUAACCAUCGGAAUAUAAAGCUUGUUGUGGUUCCUUGA